UUUCUUGUAUUCUGAUAUAUUUUCCUAUUGCUGUGUUUUGCUGAAAAUUGAAUCAUUCCCAGCUUUUUAUUCAUUGUCUCUGUUAUUUUCAUUGAUUUUGUUUUACCAAUUUAGUCAAUAUUCCACCAGGAAUAUUAUUAUAUGCAACUGGGUACGCAGAAAUCAAUGUUCUAUUUUUAAGGAAUCCCGAAUAUGUUGUCCUGUUCCACUAUAUCAUUGUUUUGGCAUGGUAUUAGGCAGUUUAUCACUAUGUAUGCAUGGCGCUUGUGUUGUUUUUCCUGCAGCCAGUUUUAAACCAGAUUUAACUCUACAAGCUGUACAAGAUGAAAAAUGUACAUCAUUAUAUGGAGUGCCUACUAUGUUUAUAGAUAUGCUGAAUCAUCCUGACUUGAACAACUAUAACUUAUCUACCUUAUAUACUGGUUUAAUGGGUGGUUCUCCUUGCCCUAUAGAGGUCAUGAAAGAUGUCAUCACAAAGAUGAAUAUGACAGAAGUCAUUGUUGGCUAUGGUUUAACUGAAACAAGUCCUGUUACUUUUAGUUCUUAUCGAGAUAGCCCAAUAGAGAAGAGAGUAUCAACUGUUGGAUUACUUGGCAGCCAUGUUGAGGCUAAAGUUAUCAAUGAAAAUGGUGAUAUUGUUAGAACAGGUGUAUCUGGUGAACUAUGUACUAGAGGUUAUACAACAAUGUUAUGUUAUUGGGGAGAUCCUGAUAAAACAGCUGAAGUUAUUUCUCAAUCUCGCUGGUUUCGUACAGGAGAUAUAGCAGUAAUAGAUGACGAAGGUUAUUGUAAAAUAGUGGGUAGAAUUAAAGAUGUGAUUAUAAGAGGUGGUGAAAAUGUCUACCCUACAGAAAUAGAACAAAUUCUUUAUCAACAUCCUAAAGUUAAAAAUGUUCAAGUGGUUGGUGUACCUGAUAAACGACUAGGAGAGGAAAUUUGUGCUUGUAUAGAAUUAAAAUCAGGAGUUACUUCAACCGCUGAUGAAAUUAUUCAGUAUUGUCGACAACAGCUGGCUAGAUUCAAAGUUCCAAAAUAUGUUGAAUUUGUUGACCACUAUCCAUUGACUGUUUCUGGUAAAGUGAUGAAAUUCAAAAUCCGAGAGGAUAUGGUGCAAAAAUUAGGAUUGCAACAUAUUCACCCCUAUUAGAGAUUAUUAUCCCAGACACCAACCCUCUUGCCUGUCUGUCAAUUACUCUGCUUCUAAUGAUGGAGGUGGAAUAUUCAAACUUGGUGCUGUUGUUCAGUAUAUAGGUGAAUGCUUUGGCUCCAUUUGAUCAUGAACAUUUUUUGCUUAAAAUAAGCAGAGAUAUAUAAUUUGAUUAUGAACAUAUUUUGAUUAGACCAAGCAGUUUGAUUUGGGACAUGGUAACUUUAAUUUAAAUUUGGUGAGAGUGAUGAUGCUCAUAUGGAUAUAGUAGCUACAUACAUCAAAAAGCUUUUCAACCCUAUCUCUGUGUGUGAUAUGGGAAACAUUGAUGAUUUUUUUUUAACUUUUUAAAUGACAAAAGAACGGUAUCUGAGUACAGACUAAAAAAAAUCAUAUUUUCCACAAAAAUUCAUUUUAAAAUAGCGAAUUUCAAGUUUUCAUCUGCUAAAAGCCUAUUGAUUGUGUCUUAAUGCCUCUCUUCAGACAUAUUAGCAUGCAUAUCUUUCAGAAAUUUAAUGGUAUCUAUAUAUAAAACGUUGUUUAUUAUUUUUGUAUAAUUCCAUUUAAAAAAUACCGCAGAACAUGCUUUGCGUAUAUAAGGUAUGUUAACUAUGUUGUAGGGUGCAAUUUCCGGAUUAAGAAAAAGACACAAGGGUUCAGGUUCUCGCAUAAAUCGGUUUAUUAAUAAUAACCACAAUAAAAACCCUGAAAUACAUAAAUACGUACUAUAAAUAAAACAUAACAUUUACACCAAUUCAUUAAAACAUUACAAUCACAAAUAUCACAGAUAAACAACUAUACAUAAUAUUAUACGACUCCAUAGAUCUAAUUUAUAAUAUAAUAAUGAAUGAUUUGAAAUAAUACUUAAAAUAUAUAUAUAUUAAUUACUAACUUAUAAUAUAUAUAUAUUAUAUAACUUAAUUACUAAUAUAAUUGACUGGCUAGGUGCUUACCCUAUAAAGGGGUUUUCCAACCACAUGGAAGCCAAAAGAUGGUGGCAAGCACUUCCAAUAAACCUGUAAAGUUAUACACAUCUAUAAAUAUGUGAAUGGUAAAUAAUAUUGAAGUGAAAGACUUCAAUGGUAAUAUAGGAUAACGUACUAACCCAGGAUACUUUGUAACUUCAAGAUAUUUAAUUUAAAUGAAACAUUUAAAUAUUACUUUUACUAAAAUUCAAGAUGGCUGCCAAUCUAUAAACUACUAUUACUAUUACUGGUUAAAAUAUAUUGGUACCUAAUUUAAAACAAUUAUUAACUUAAACAUUACACAUACCUGCUGUUGAAUCUGUAAUUCCUAUUUAAUUCAUCUGUAACCUUAUUAAACACUAUACUAUAUCAAACUAAAGCUAAUUAUAGAAAUUGGAAUAUUGAUGAAAUACCAAAAUCCCGCCAAAACUAACUAACUAGUAGAUACCUGGAGAAAAUCAGAAGGUGAUCUUUCUCCAACAAAAUCUAAAGUAAGAAUGUCAAAAUAGUCAGGUGACCAAUGAAUGUUCAGAUAAGAGAGAACAUGCACAUGGUGAGUUGAACACUACUCACCAGUCCACAAGAAAACUAUAGAGACAGACAAGGGUGAUAAAGAUGUUAUAGCAAUACUUGGUGUGUAAGGUUAAAUGUGCUCACUGUGUUAAAACAUGCAUAAAAGGACACUGUGCAAAAAGAACACUAUACAAUAAAAUAGCAUAUAUUAUACAAAUAGAUUAAAAUAAAUCUUAACUCUGUCACAACUAUAUAUAUUGAUUAAUGCUAUCAGAUAAUUUUGCUUUCUUAGUAAAAUUUUUAUGUAUGUUAAA